AUGAAAUCUGAUAGUUCUUUAAAAAGAUCUCGUAAUUUUUAUGAACUCAAAAAAGAUAAGAUUAAAAAUAUGGAAAGAAAUCAGAAGUUUAAAGUUAUUAAAAAGCUAUUGGAUCUUACCUCAGAUGAACAAAUAGGUGUUGAAAGAAAUCAGAUCCCCUUUACAGACUUCCUCGAUGUAAUUGAAGAAAUUAAGAUUAGGGCAUCUGAUAUUUUUAAUGGGAAUAAAAUUCACAAAAAAGAUUCAAUGAAAUAUAUCAAAAAUCUUUUAAAGAACAAUUUUUAUUCUAAACUAACUGAAGUUGAAAUUCAACAGGCUUUUAAGAAAUUUUUAAAUUCCAAAGGAGAAGAACCAAAACAAACUUGGUGUAAAACAUGUGAAGACGAUUACGAAUCUU